CCCAAAUUGCCGCCGCAUCACGCCACAGCUCGCGAGGUAAGUACAUGACACACAACGCUCCGAUCCUUUCGUUGGUUCUACCUACCUUGGCCCCCGUGGACAAAGAAGCACUUGGGAUGGAACGACAAAUAAGCACGCCGCUGAUGAAACAGAAACGAGCAAGCAUUCAUGCAUGUGAAUGGACGCACGCAACCAAGGCCGCUCGCUCCCAACGUGUAACUACAUACUGUAUGUACCCUGCAUGGAUGGCAUGGGGCAUAACGUUACUCCCUCGCACUAUAUGCUGCUUCCACACGACUGUAGCCUUCCAACUAGCCCUGUAGUGGACCACGGGCCAAUAUCCAGCUUGCAUCGAAGUGGAUAAUGUAACCUCCUCGUCCAUGCCGACGUGCGUCGUUGUGGUAGGUGUGAAUUCUUGUUUUCAACCAAUGAAAGCCAAUCUCAACAUACAAAGGAGCCAAUCGCGUGCAUGAUAUCGACCAAUCAGCCAAUCAAAUUAAACCCCACCAAUAACCAGAAGCAACAUGAAACAACCUGCCAGGAGAAAGCGAAGGGCCAAAGGCGGCGACGACGGCGGCACGGUGCCCCCAGACAAGAACGACUUCUUCAAGAAGAGAACGCUGAAGAUGCACACCAUCGUGGCUACCGAUGAGGCCGAGGAGGACGUCACGAUCAUGCCGUCCUUCGCAGGAUGGACGUUUGCGUGCUUGGGGUUGUCUGCCGCGGAAGAGACCAAAGUCCGAGAAAUCGUACGUUUGCAUCGAGGACGCAUGGACGAUGGUCGCCUUGAUGGUGGCCGUCGGCACCUGUGUCGGUAUUCCACUUGCUCCCAUGUGGUCACUGGAUACUGGCUCCCAGUCACGAUCGAAGCAGACGACUCUGCCGUGUACGUGACGCUCCACUGGCUGGAGCAAGUUCAUGCCACGACGCAGAACCUUCCACUCGACUCCAGCAUCCUCUUCCAACCGCCACCGUUCCACCGUCACUCGUUCCAUUUGGCAUAUCCGCACGAGUACAUCAUCACAGACUCCUUCGAUCCGGCCAUGCAUGUUGAGCUUCCUUGCGUCCCAAGCAGUAAGCUGUGCUUCGACAUUCCGCGCUGGCCGUACGUCGUCGCUCUGCUUACGCGCCCGAUCCCUGACGUAGACGCCCUUGAGCAUGUCAUCCACCUAAUCACGGGGCAACAAGGCACUCGUCUGCGAUGCCUCCGUCGCGCCAUCGACGAAUACGUGGAAGACGCUACGACGUUGUUUACAGUCACGUUGCCGUACAUGGUGUCCACAGCGCUAGCCCUUCCGCUCUUGUUUCCGUCGCCUGUGCCUCUCUUGACUCGGCAAGUCCCAUCCAGCGUGACCUUGACCAAACGUCAAGCCGCGUGUCUCAUCAUCCACGCCUUCUUGUGUACGUUCACGGCUGCCAACACAUCGUUCAACCAUUUUCACUUUUUCGACGUGUUUGCGCCGUCCGCCCCGCCCGACUGGAGCAACGCCGCCACCACCGAUCAAGACGCCACGGCGGUUCAGAAACUUGUGACAGUGUUACAUUACUUUAGCCGAUUCACCACAGACAACUUGUGUGACAAUACCAACCACCGAUACGAUCAACAAGUGAUCACAUACGCCCGCCAUGUACUCGACACGACCACCCCGUCGACGGAUAGCGGGAUGGCGGGGGAUAGCGGUGGAUGGGCCGACACUCUUCCGUGGACGUCUGUGCAUGUGCACGCGAACGGAGCGAUCGAGGACGACGUAGGCGCCGUGCAAGUGGAUUUUGCCAAUAAGUUUGCAGGCGGCGGCGUCUUGGGCCACGGAUGUGUUCAAGAAGAGAUUCGAUUUCUCAUGAAUCCGGAAUGCCUCGUCGCGUGUUUGCUGACCGAAGUGCUCGACCCGACCGAGUGCUUUGUGAUUUCAGGCACAGAGCAAUACGCGGCCUCCAGUGGAUAUGGAUCGACGUUUGCAUUUGCCGGCGGAGUCCUCGACUUGGUACCUGUGGACGUCAACAUGAUGCGGGAUACAGUCAUUGUUGGCAUCGACGCCACCAAAUACUACCGCAACAACGCGUGGCACCAGUUUCGCCCAGAGGACAUCAAGAGGGAACUCGACAAGGCCAUGGUGGGGUUCCAACGCCUCCCCGACGAAUCCCCCACACAACGAGGACGACGACCCGUGGCCACGGGAAACUGGGGCUGCGGCGUGUUCAAAGGCGAUGUCGAGCUCAAGUUUGUCGUGCAGUGGCUCGCGGCGUCUGCCCAGCAUCGCCCGCUGCAUUACUACACUUUUGGCAACUCGGAUCUGGCCACCCGUCUGGCGCAGUUUGUUCAGACUGUGACAACGUCCACCCUUUCGGUGGCGCAGCUGCGGGCACGGCUGCUUGACAACAACGCCCCCAACUGUACUUUGAGUCUGGCGGAAUACACGCGGCAGCACCGACGACAUCGGCCCAGUGUGUGCGCGUACAUUACGUCGACGUUGCUACCACACAUUCGGCACUCUCCGUCGACUGUAUCCCAGGCGGCGGCUGAUGUCCAGUCUACCAAUUAAUCAACCAUAUGGCCCGCCGUUGCACGACUACUGUGCAUAGUAGGGUCGUCUUAGACUACUACUAGUACAUAUAUAAAGGUAGUUUGUGACUUGGACGUGCCAUUCAAUCAGUUUUUUAAUACUUCGAAGUCGUGGGUUCGAAUCCCGCUUUGGCCUUUUUUUUAAAUAUAUUUUAUAACGAUGAUGUAAUUCAAUUGGGG